GAAACUUUAAGAUAAAAUAUAAGAUUUACCUACAGAUAAAGUAACCAUUUUAUUUAGGCCCUUCCUCCACCUCUCUCUCUCUCUCUCUCUCUCUCUCUCCAUUUUGCGGCCGCGGUUGUGUUCUCGUUUCGAGAAUGAGAUCCACCGUAUAAUUCCAGAGGAAAUGGCGGCAGCUUGCUUGAGAAACUGCCAUUCGCGAGCCCCUCUAUCGCGCAAUGAUGGACGAUUGAAGUUGGCAUCAUUCAGUAGAUCAUGCCUUAAGAUCGAUAAAACUAGUUCGGUGUCUGAUGCUACUGAAUUCUCAUCAUCAGCUAAUGAUGGUCUCAAAAUGAUUCAUCCAAUAGUUAAAAUGUGCGGGAUUACAUCAGCUAGGGAUGCAGAAAUAGCCGCAGAGGCGGGGGCCAACCUGAUUGGCAUGAUUCUCUGGCCCAAAUCUAAGCGAUCUGUCUCGCUUUCAGUAGCAAAGGAAAUCUCAAAAGUUGCACGAGAUUUUGGAUCAGAGCCAGUCGGUGUGUUUGUCGAUGACGACAUAGACACAAUAUUACGAGCUUCUGAUGCUUCCAACAUUGAAUUCAUACAGCUUCAUGGAGAUGGUUCGCGGGACUCUCUUCCGAUUCUUCUGCAGCAAAGUCGGAUAAUAUAUGUCCUACAUGCUGACGAUGGUGGAAACCUACUCAAUGAUGCUCCAGAUGAAAAUUGUCUUGUAGACUGGUUCCUAGUGGAUAGUGCAAAGGGUGGCAGUGGCAAAGGAUUCAACUGGCAGAAAUUCCGACUGCCACCAAUGAGCAGCAAGUAUGGAUGGCUUUUGGCUGGAGGUCUUCAUGCUGACAAUGUAUGCGAAGCUGUCGCGACUCUUAAACCGGAUGGCGUCGAUGUUAGCAGCGGCAUCUGCGGGCCUGACGGGAUUCAAAAGGAUCCUCAGAGAAUCUCUUCUUUCAUGAGCAAAGUGAACUCAUUAAGUUUCUAACUGCACCAAUUAGAUUCUGGCUUAUUCUGUAUUUAAAAGUAAAGCCUCUUUUCUAUUUAAGAAAAGCUGAGGUUCCUAUGUCUACUGAAGAUGAUAUUAUUAACUCUAUUGGCUCUUUACAUUCUUGGACAUAAGAUGAUGUCGAAAAGGCCAACUUAUUGAUGAUGUGCUUGUUUGGAAAUGUGCGUAAUUGUCAGCUAAAGCAAACUGAUGGUUGAAUGAAAUACGAGCAAUACAAAUGUUGUAAUCCUGUAUAAGCCUCUUUGAAAUUUGCUUUUGAGAAUAAUAGACUGAGGAUCAUGUGAA